AUGUUCAUUUUCAUCAAACAUGGAGAUAAUCAGCAGUUUCUGGUCAAUACCAAUUGCUCUGUCCUUCUGUUGCUGCAUUAUACCCGCAAUAAAGUAGGGUUGCCUAAAACAGACACCAUCGAUUUGUGUGAUGAAACGGGGACAAUGAAGUUGCUUUUCCUGACGAGGACCCCUGGAGACUAUGCCAGCAAAUUCCUUACUGCUCGAAACACCUACUAUAUUUGUAAGGUGGAGCAUGGAGCACCAGGAACCCGACUGGAGAAUGCCUACAGAGCUUUUGUGCCUCUCCUGAAGAAUCCAGAACCUGAGCUAAUUGACACUUUGCGUAUACAAUGUGACCUCCUGGAGAGGAACCGAAUGAAAUUGCUUAGAAGCCAAGAAGCCAAGAAAGUCAGUCCAACUGACUCCUCCGUGAACCUCCCAUGGGUCAUGCGAGAGGGCGGCCGCACCCCCAACAGCACACACUCCCAGACACAAGGUGAACCAGGGGGCCUGGCUUAG